AUGGCUUUGACAACUUCAACUACGAACUCAGAAGCACCGAUUCGACCCUCUCGCAAUCUAGCUGACCGUGUAGCCCUUGUCACGGGCGCAGGUAGCGUUGAAGAUGAAAUCGGUAAUGGCCGCGCAAUUUCUAUUCUGUUCGCGGAGGACGGAGCUUCGGUAGUUUGUGUAGAUCGUGAUCUAUCUGCAGCGGAGCGAACAGCCGCAAUUAUCAUGGCCGAAGGCAAAGGAGGCGCAGUGGCUAUACAGGGAGACGUCACAAGCGAAGAUGACUGCCGACGUAUCAUCGACGGUGCCUUGACCCGAUUCGGCCGUCUAGACAUUCUUGUCAACAACGUCGGUAGUAUAGGUGCGCGUGGUGCCGCUCCAGAAGUCGAUCUCACCGACUGGGAACGAAGUCUCAGACUAAACGUCACUAGCAUGAUGCUCAUGGCAAAAUUUGCAAUUCCGGCCAUGCAGAAGAAUGUACCCGGUGAUGGCAAUAUUAGGGGCAGUAUCGUGAAUAUGGGCUCUGUGGCCGGCCUUCAAGGUGGUACGCCCAGUCUACUGUAUCCGACCAGCAAGGGAGCUGUGGUCAACAUGACCCGAGCAAUGGCGGCUCAACAUGCCCGAGAUGGGAUUAGGGUUAAUUGCGUUUGUCCCGGUAAUAGUUCUCCUUAG